CCCAAAAGCUUGUGAACAUCAUGCAGAAGGCGGCGUCGAUCGUUGCUCGCGCUCGACAAGCCGUUGCUUGGAACGUACACACGAUCCGGUGGGUGUACUUGUUCAUCGGAGUCAUCUUCAUCCUCGCAUCUGGAUCCCCUGCGUUGGAAGCGUUCACGGCACCUCCGCAGUCGACGCUGAGUCCGCAGCUUCAGCUUUUCGUCACGGACUGCAAGAGUCGCUGCCCACAAAAAGCAGAUCGUUUUUUCAACUGCACUUUGCAAGGAUGCCCCACCCUGUGCAACGCCCUGCAGUCGUCGUACUAUCUCCAAAUCUGGCCCGACUUGCCCGCCGUGUGCGACUUACAGUGCCAGCUUGCGAUGCCUGGUUUGUGUGCAGGCACUACGUCCUGUACUCAGGUGUGCACCGACCAGGCGCGAGUGUUGUUGCAACGCCCCACGUCGGCUUCAUCGUCGUCUGCGCUCCCCCUUAUCGCAUCGAUUCGCGUGCUGACGUCGCUUGGCCCGACCUUCUGGUCCACACUCGUCUUGAUCCCAUUGGCCACCGCCGACAUCCUCGUGUCGAUCAUUUCGCUCGGCCCCCUCCUUCGAGCGACGGACGAAGACAUCUACAACAACUCAUACUCUGUGUUCUCCAAACUCGUAUCGGUGCUCGAGUCACCAGCGCAUUUUCUCACCGCCGCCACCAUGGCGUUCGAAGUCAAAUGUUUGGUGUUUGACGACUCGGACGGCUACGGUCUCCCCAUCACCGUCGCGCUUCAGAUCAUUUUGUUGACUGUGCAGACAGCGAUCCCCGCUGUACUGCUGCGUCUCCGUAAAGGGGGCGAUGAGGGCAAAAAAGCUGAAGUGGCAACUCCGCAGGUUGCAGGCCCAAGUGUUCCCCCCGUGCCUGUAUCGGCGUCACCGCGUCUCUCGAUAUCGUCCACCACUCGACCAGCCACGACACCGUCUGCCAUGGGGCAAUCGAUUUAAUACGACCGCCCCGUUGAAUUACGAUAUAAGACAAACAAAUGAGUGGAUUUAACAAUGACGGGGGACAUCUAUUCGUAUUUUUAAUGCA